AUGAGCCGCCAGCUAAAGAGCCUCGGGGAGGAAGGUGACAGGUCCGGGAGGAGACCCUCGAAGAAGCGGGCUCUCAGAGCUGAGGGUGCAGCAGGUAGGCGCGGAGCCCAGCCUGGCCAGAAGGAACGGGUCAGGGGCAGCCCAGGGCCGGGGUCCCCUCGGAGGAAGCAGGCAGAGCGCAGGAGACACCGAGAAGAGCUGGGGGAGCGGGGGAGGAGCUCCGCAGAGAGGACCUGCUCGGAGAGAAGGAAGGAUAGGAGGACUUCCUUCAAGGAGCAGAGAGCACCUUCAAAGAAGGAAAAGGAGGUGCCAAGGAAAGAGGAGACGUGGAAGCGACUGAAGAAACACAGAUCACCCUCCUUGGCCUCCAGCGCCUCUGGGGGGGAGUCUCUGUCAGAGGAGGAACUGGCCCGGAUCCUGGAGCAGGUGGAAGACAAGAAGAAGCUCAUUGCCACCAUGCGGAACAAGCCCUGGCCCAUGGCGAAGAAGCUUACGGAGCUCAGGGAGGCCCAAGAAUUUGUGGAGAAGUAUGAAGGAGCCUUAGGAAAGGGGAAAGGCAAGCGACUUUAUGCCUACAGGAUGCUGAUGGCUAAGAAGUGGGUCAAGUUUAAGAGAGACUUUGAUAAUUUCAAGACUCAAUGUAUACCCUGGGAAAUGAAGAUCAAGGACAUCGAAAGUCACUUUGGUUCCUCGGUGGCUUCGUAUUUUAUCUUUCUCCGGUGGAUGUAUGGAGUUAACCUCGUCCUUUUCGGCUUAAUCUUUGGUCUCGUUAUAAUCCCAGAGGUGCUAAUGGGCGUGCCCUAUGGAAGUAUUCCCAGGAAGACAGUGCCUCGGGCUGAGGAGGAAAGAGCCAUGGAUUUCUCUGUGCUUUGGGAUUUUGAGGGCUACAUCAAGUACUCUGCCCUCUUCUACGGCUACUACAACAACCAGAGGACUAUCGGGUGGCUGAGGUACAGGCUGCCCAUGGCUUACUUUAUGGUGGGGGUCAGCGUGUUCGGCUAUAGCCUGAUGAUUGUCAUUAGAUCGAUGGCCAGCAACACCCAGGGCAGCGCAAGCGAGGGGGAGAGCACUAACUUCACAUUCAGCUUCAAGAUGUUCACCAGCUGGGAUUACCUGAUUGGGAAUUCAGAGACAGCCGACAACAAAUAUGCCUCCAUCACCACCAGCUUCAAGGAAUCAAUAGUGGAUGAACAAGAGAGUAACAAAGAAGAAAAUAUCCAUCUGACAAGAUUUCUCCGGGUCCUGGCCAACUUUCUCAUCAUCUGCUGUUUGUGUGGAAGUGGAUACCUCAUUUACUUUGUGGUGAAGCGAUCCCAGGAAUUCUCCAAAAUGCAGAAUGUCAGCUGGUAUGAAAGAAAUGAGGUAGAAAUCGUGAUGUCCCUGCUUGGUAUGUUUUGUCCCCCUUUGUUUGAAACCAUCGCUGCCCUGGAGAAUUAUCACCCACGCAUUGGACUGAAGUGGCAGCUGGGGCGCAUCUUUGCACUCUUCCUGGGGAACCUCUACACAUUUCUCCUGGCCCUGAUGGAUGAUGUUCACCUCAAGCUUUCUAAUGAAGAGAAAAUAAAGAACAUCACUCACUGGACCCUGGUUAACUAUUACAACUCUUCGGGUUGGAAUGAGAGUGUCCCUCGGCCACCCCUGCACCCUGCAGAUGUGCCCCGGGGCUCUUGCUGGGAGACAGCUGUGGGCAUUGAAUUCAUGAGGCUGACUGUGUCUGACAUGCUAGUAACAUACAUCACCAUCCUGCUGGGGGACUUCCUGCGAGCUUGUUUUGUCCGGUUCAUGAACUACUGCUGGUGCUGGGACCUGGAGGCUGGGUUUCCCUCCUAUGCUGAGUUCGAUAUCAGUGGAAAUGUACUCGGUUUGAUCUUCAACCAAGGAAUGAUCUGGAUGGGCUCCUUCUAUGCCCCAGGACUGGUGGGCAUCAAUGUGCUGCGCCUGCUGACCUCCAUGUACUUCCAGUGCUGGGCGGUGAUGAGCAGCAACGUCCCCCACGAGCGCGUGUUCAAAGCCUCCCGAUCCAACAACUUCUACAUGGGCCUCCUGCUGCUGGUGCUCUUCCUCAGCCUCCUGCCCGUGGCCUACACCAUCAUGUCCCUCCCGCCCUCCUUUGACUGCGGGCCAUUCAGCGGGAAGAACAGAAUGUAUGACGUCAUCCAAGAGACGAUUGAAAAUGAUUUCCCAACCUUCCUGGGCAAGAUCUUUGCUUUCCUCGCCAACCCUGGCCUGAUCAUCCCAGCCAUCCUGCUGAUGUUCCUGGCCAUCUACUACCUGAACUCGGUUUCCAAAAGCCUUUCCCGCGCGAAUGCCCAGCUGAGAAAGAAAAUCCAAGCGCUCCGGGAAGUUGAGAAGAGCCACAAAUCUGUCAAAGGCAGAACCACAGCCAGAGAUUCAGAGGACACAGCGAAAGGCAACUCCAAAAAUGCCACCCAGCUCCAACUCAACAAAGAAGGGACCACGCCUCACUCUGCCGGCCAAAGCCAGACCACGGACCAGAAGGCGCAGGCUCCAGGGCUCUCCAGCUCUGCCGUCAUGGUGACGCUGCCUGCCUCCCGGCACCUCCCUGUAUCUCGGCCUCCCGGUGCCAGACCAGACUCUGGCCACGCUCGGCCCCAGACUCAUCCUUGGAGGUCAGCCUCUGGAAAGAGUGCUCCCAGCCCUCCCCGCUGAUAGCUGGGGCACACAAGCACCAUUGUGGGGCUGAUCAUUGGGCCCCACCAGCCCACACACACAAAACAAUAUUCUCUCUUCCUCUGUCUUCUCUCUCG